ACUAAAAAGCAAAAGGUCACUGGAUGUGGAAGGUUGGAGGUGGUGGGGGUCAGUAAAGCAGAUUUUAUCUGAGCUUGAGGAUGGUCUGGUAUUGGAAUGAAGUUUAAAAACAAAGAAGAAGAAGCCGGGUUUGGGAGAACAAUCUGGCAACCCUGGCCACCAGUCUGGCGUAAACAAGUCGGGAUUUUAGGGUGUGAGUCUUACGAAUCGCCUUUCAGCCAAUCACAGCUCACAUCCUGCCCACAUGGCUGGGUUGUUUACUACAAGAACUGGAGAGAGGAACCGAGAAACCCAGGAACUGACUCAAACCGGCAUGUACAACACAACACAUACACUACAAUGGGCUCGGAGUUAGGGUUAGCUACCUGGAUGCCGUCAUCAAUCACAGUAGGGAUGAGUGAUGCUAACCGAGACGCUCACCUGAGCUUUUCACAUGGAAAGGAGUGGGACUCCUGUCUUCCCAGAUGGGCCGGGAGAUUCAGGGUCGAAGAUGAAUCAACGACCUCUGACCUUGUAAAAGUGAGCCGUGAAAGGCUUCUGCAAGUGGACACGCUUCCUAUUACAAACCAAGUCCAUCGAAGUGGAAAGCUGAAACGAAUGAGUGACACGCCCACCGGUGCACGCCUUUACAGCACGCGCUCCUUCAGCAAUCCAGUGCGGGUUUUGUCGCGUGCCAGGAGUGCGCAUUUGGAAAGGGUUUCGAGUCGGAGCCGGUCAGAGCAAGUUCAGAGUGAAAAAAAAAAAGAAAGAAAGAAGGGGGAGUGUGAGCUGGAGAAGACUACAAGCAGCUUUUCUCUUGGUGCAGCUGAUCUCCUGCAGGAGUAG